AUGGCGGGAUUGUGUCGUGGAUCCCAGCGAUUCACUCACGAAGAAUGGAACUAUAGUAAUAAUCUUAAAUAUAGAAGUGCAGAGAAAGAGAGAGAGUUCGCACAAGGAUUACAAAAUGAAUGUGAUCGCUUCAUUGAAGAAGCUGCAAAACGCACUGAAAAGACUCUGCGGGAUGUAGAUAAAAAAAUUGAACAAAGAAUAAGUGAUAUAAAGUACUGGAAAUCGGAGGUGAAUAAGAAACUACAAGACGUCACCGAAGAAACAGAAAAAUUAAACGAGUACCAUAUAAGGCUGAAAAAGGCUCUAGAUGCAACAGAAGAGCCACUUCACAUCACACAACAAUGUAUACUUACAAGGGAGGGUCGUACAGGAAUCGACCUUGUCCAUGAUGACGUACAGAAGGAACUUUGCAAAGAAGUCGAAGUUUUCAAAGGCGUGCAAUCAUUGUUGCAAAGAACCUUGGAACAGACAAAAGAACAACUUCGGUAA